AUGCUCCUCUUCAUCCGCCUCAAUCUCAAUCCCACUCUCAACCAACCGCCGCAGCGCGCUCUCUCUCUACCCGAACCCGGCCUCCUGUCUCCGCCUCUGGCCCUCCACAACGUGCCUCCUCCACAUCCAAUCACCACCAUCACCAUCACAGCAGAAGUCAACAACUUCAACACCGCUCCCACUCCCGACAAUCCUCCUCUACAACUACCGCUGCCGCUACCGCCGCUGCCACCUCUGCUCGCCCCGUCCAAGAACUGCUUCCGCAACAUGAUUAUGAAACUGCAAACCUAG